AUGACGAAACAUGCGGAAGAAUGGGCGAAGUCAUGCCCUGUUUGCGCAAUCAACGGUAAACCCGAGAGGCCAACCCACAUGGCACGAGUAUUCGCUCCACAUGCGGUAUGGGAGACCAUCGCCUUAGAUUUUAAUGGCCCUUACUCAAAAUUCGGUGGAAUAUCGGUGCUGGUUGAUGAGGACUAUCGUUCUAGAUAUGUAAUCACCAAGCCAGUGAAGUCCACGAGUUUUGAGAACACUCGAAAGAUCUUGGAGGAGGUGUUCGAAAAAGAAGGUUUCCCAGAUAACAUAAAGUCGGACAACGGUCCCCCCUUCAACGGAGAGGACUAUAGGCAAUACUGUCUCGAACGCGGAAUAAACGCCAUUUUUUCGACACCCUUAUACCCCCAGCAAAACGGUCUGGCUGAGAGCUGCAUGAAGCUGGUAAACAAAGCAAUGACCGUGGCGGCUACAAGUGGAUCAGGCUAUGGAGAAGAGUUGGAUGCGGCAAUUCAUGCGUAUAACGCUGCAGCACAUUCCGUUACAGGUAUUCCACCAGAAGAGGUGAUGACGGGUAGAAAAAUUAGACGGGGUCUCCCUCUGAUUUAUCGCGGGAAAGCAGCCUUCGAUGACAACGCGAGAGAUCAUAAAUCUAAAAUAGACGCAAAAGUACGAGAGGACGCACGGCGAGGUGCCCGUCAAUGCCGCAUUAAGCGAGAGGACACAGUGGUCGUAGAACGACAGGUCCGUUCAAAAGGGGAGCCAAGGUUCGACCCUCGUAGGUAUACGGUGACAGAGGAACGGAAUGGCAUGCUGGUUUUGAGCGACGAAAACGGUCAAACCCUAAAGAGGCAUGUAUCGCAAACCAGGAAGGUUUACCGUUGGCGACACUCCGAAGAUGAUGACAUCCUUCCAGAAUGUUCGGUAGACCAGGACUUUACUCCACAGCCAUCGCUGGUGGAAAAUCCUCAGCCUAGCGUUGCUGAAUGCCCAACUCGAGCGAAAAGAACUCCCGAAUACCUAAAAAACUACAUAAGAGUUGUUGAGGAUGAACCAAUAUAA